AAAGAACCAGCCGAUUUUCGUCAGUGGAAUCGAUUCGAAGAGCAGCGAGGACCCUUCCAAAUGUUCUAUUCUUCGAAGAAAUUCACCAUGAAACGUUGCUCCAUCGUUUGUUCUUUCACAUUUAUUUUAUUGACUUCUGCAUCAGCUUGGCCGUUUCGGCGUCGAGACGUGCUGGAUAAUGCAGUGGAUAGUCCUGAUGGAGUGAUCGCUCAUCUACAACAUUUUGGCGAGAUGCUGUAUCGCAAUCCGGACAACGAAACUGGAGCAAUGGUAGCGAAUUGGCACGAGGGCUGGGAUCGCAACCCGGAAGAAUUGGGCAACUACGCGGAAGGUGAUAUUUUGUUUCCGCCACAACUUGAGAAGAAUGGUUUGAGAGCGGAAGCUGCGCGAUGGCCUGGUGGUGUAGUACCCUAUAUGCUUAGUCCUUAUUUCAACUCGGCGCAGAGAAACUUGAUUUACGAAGCUAUGAACGAUUACCAUAAGUUCACGUGUAUUAAGUUCAAGCCCUAUACUGGGGAGGAGAACGAUUACAUCAGGAUCACGGCUGGUAAUAGCGGUUGUUGGAGCAGCGUGGGAAGAAUCGGUGGUCGACAAGACGUGAAUCUUCAAGUCCCAGGCUGUAUGGUGAAGAAAGGAACAGUGAUACACGAACUGAUGCACGCCAUUGGAUUUCUGCACGAGCAAAGUAGAUAUGAACGGGAUGAGUACGUCACGAUUCAGUGGAAUAACAUUUUAAGCAGCCAAGCUGGGAAUUUUGAGAAAGCCUCGAAGGAAACCACCGACGCAUUCGGGGUCGGAUAUGAUUAUGGUAGCGUAAUGCAUUACUCUGCAAACGCGUUUUCCCGGAAUGGACGUCCCACCAUAGUACCAAAAGGCGCGACGAAGGUUCAACUGGGUCAAAGAGAGGGAUUCAGCAAGAGAGACAUACAGAAGAUUCGAAAAAUGUACAAGUGCAACAAACGCAGACGAAGCAGCUAUUGAUUGCCGGAAACAUGGUCGACCAGAACUUGAAGGUUUCUUACGGACUUCCAUUGGAACGUAGCAAAGAGAAUCGUGAAUCUAGUCCUUUACAAUUAAAUUACACUGCGUUACUUUUAAACGACGUCCAACUUUAGUUUGAUCAAGAUUUAUAAAAAAGAAUGGCACUUUGAAGUGGAAAUGGUAAAUCGAUAUCAACGACGAAGCGGAACUUGCAUUCGGAACAGUCUUUUUUAUCCAUAUGUGUGUGUGUGCGUGUGUAUGUAUAUAAAUAAAUAUUUGUAUUUAUAAGCAACAGUAUUUAAGCGAAUGUUGCUUAUGUUUGAUUUAUAACACUGUAGUUGAACAUAUGAUAAAUAAAUGCAUAUUUUAAGAAUUCACGCGUGUAGCCAACGUGUCUACAUUUUGCAGUUGUCCUGCUGGCCUUCUCGCAUUGACAAAAUAUUCUAGGGUGAAACUAAACGCGAACUGGGUCACGGAGAUAAAUUCAGUGAGAGAGA